AUGGAACGGUUGACGAAUUAUACUAUAGCUGAGAUCCCAAUACCCAUGUAAACAUAGCUUACUCUCAGAUCUAUAAGGUCAGAUCCCAUGUAAACAUAGCUUACUGACAGAUCGAUAAGGUCAGAUCUCAAUACCCGUGUAGACAUAGCUUACUGACAGAUCAAUGAGGUAAGAUCCCAAUACCCAUGUAAACAAAGCUUACUGACAGAUCAAUGAGGUCAGAUCCCAAUACCAAUGUAUUGCGAACAGGUCGAUUGUAGCGGUAGUCGUUUCGAUGGUGACGUACUUUACAGUUAUUUCGACCGCGGUGGUUAUUGGAGUCGUGGUUUCCUGGAAGGAACCGUUGUUGUGCAUCAUCUUUCAACGCUCCAAUACCUGAUAAUGUACCAAACCUGUAUUUGCUAUUUGGGAAUUCAACUUUAAUUAACCUGAAAGCGUGGCUUCAUAGUAGAAACAUCUGUUGGGUUGGUAGAAUGUGGAAAUACCCACCUCAUUGGUUAAUAUUCCCUGAAAGAAAUGUAAAAAUUCAUUUUUUGGUCUGGAAAUAAAAUAAACAUUUAUCUACGUUAACCACUCCAGUCAACAGAUGGCGAUGUGCGUCUUUCAGGCGACGCAAUCAGCGUGACGUAUAAUUUAGUGGACGGGACGCUUCUUCAAUAACAUCUAGUCAGCCACCGCGGUAAUUUCCUAGCCGAAACAUUCAAGCUGUUUAGACUGCAUCGGUGCAUAUUUCCCUCUGUAUUUUAAGCAUCAUUCUGUCAUAUAACUAAUUUCCCCAUUUAAUGUCAUAUUUCCGUUUAGUCGGGUAACGGUAGCUGGCUUGAUAAAUUAGCCUAUCACUAGGCUAGUCGCUAACUAGCAAGGUUAGCUGGCUACCACCUCCUACUACCAUGAGCUCGCCAAUCUACUGCCCUCCUGCUAAAGAAGAGGAGGUCUGCUGGACGGAGAAAGAGGGUCUGUGGCUGAACAUUGUCGUGAAAGAGGAGGAUAUCACAGUAAAACAAGAAGUAGAGGGUGAAGCUGUUACAGUGAAAGAAGAGAAAGACGCGUUCAAAGUGAAAGAGGGGGAGGAUGUUACAAUAAAAGAGGAGGAUGCAGUUUUUGGAGUGAAGGAGGGAGAGAUAACUGUCACAUUGAAGGAGGAGAAGGAAGAACAGGAGGAGGAGGAGGAGACAGGCGAUCUGAUUAAAACCAGAGAGGGACCAGACUCUCACUCUGACAGUGGGGAGAGUCCUGCAGGGGAAUCGGACCCAGAGACGCCCAAACCAGCGAGACAACACCGCUGUUCCCAGUGUGGAAAGAGUUUUAAGUGGUUAAGGAACCUCAAAGCACAUGAGAGAACGCAUACAGGAGAAAACCCUUACAAUUGCUGCCACUGUGGAAAGAGUUUUACCAAGUUAGGGAACCUAAAAGAGCAUGAGAGGACACACACAAGAGAAAAGCGUUUCCAAUGUUCCCAGUGUGGAAAGAGGUUUACCCAGUUACGGUACCUGAAACAACAUGAAGAAAUACACACAGAAGAUAGGAAGACCUACCACUGCUCUCAGUGUGGAAAGAUAUUUACUGGGUUAGGGAACCUGAAAAUACAUAUGAGAAUACACUCUGGAGAGAAGCCUUACCACUGUUCCCACUGUGUAAAGAGAUUUACUCAGUUAGGGAGCCUGAAAACACAUGAGAGGGGACACACUGGAGAGAAGCCUUAUCACUGUUCCCACUGUGAAAGGAAUUUUAGGUGGUAUGCGAGCCUGAAGGAGCAUGAGAGAAUACACACAGGAGAAAAGCCUUACCGAUGUUCCCGGUGUGAAAAGAGUUUUACCCAUCGAGGGAGCCUGAAAGCGCAUGAGAGAAUACACUCAGGAGAAAAGCCUUACCAAUGUUCCCGGUGUGAAAAGAGUUUUACCCGGUUAGGGAGCUUGAAAAGGCAUGAGAGAAAACACACUAGAGAAAAGCCUUUCCAACAUACUAAUACACAGGAGGAGAAGACAUACCACUGCUCUCAUUGUGAAAAGACAUUUUCCCAGUCAAAGGAUCUGAAAUCACACGAGAGAAUAGAGAGGCUGUGUUCUGACUUAUGUUUUUGAUUGAGAAAUUUUGUUUUUGUUCAUGCUACAUUAAAUCAUAUUGUAUGAAUGAAAUCAUACUGAAAAAUAGGUCUACGUUUUCUUUUCCAGCUCAAAACAUGAUCAUGUCGAAAGUCAGAUUAUAAGAGUUAACAAAAAUAUAUGAUGUUUUAAUUAUGAACUUAAGAUUGAUUGAAUGCAAGUGUAAACCCUGAAAUGUUGUUCACUAUAUAGUUGGGAUUUUUCAAACAUGUUAAUUAUUAAAUAUAUUGAUAUUAGUAUUUAGUCAUUAAGAUUGUCAUUGUAAAUGUGUAUUGGUUCUCAAUUGACAUAUCUGAUUAAAUAAAGAUGAAA